GGAUGGGAAUGUGUGUCGGUGAGCUACUGUAAAGACUGCGGCUCAGCUGACACACUCACGUCCGGAGGCAUAGACUCUAAACAAGGCGUCUGCUGCCGCAGUGGACCGAGCACAGUGCUUUGGGGGGAGAGUGUUCCAGGCUAUCAUGGAUGACAGCUCCUCUCUGGGCAAAGUGAGCGGCUCCACAGAAUCUGUGUCAACCGUCACCAGCGAGGAGUUUGUGCUGGUGCAGCCUUCAGCCGGGGGGUCCCCCUCCUCGUCCGAGGGCAAGCCCAGACUCAAGAUGUCCUGGAAUGGGAGUGAGCAGCUGGAGAGAGCAAUGGAAGAGGUGCUGGAGGAUGCAGGGGGAACGGAAGAGAGGAGAGGAGGAGCGGGAGAGGAAAAUGAAAGAGAAGGCUCCCCUGGCCCAGAGGCGCUCGCGGCUCCUGAAGCACCAAAGCCUCCCCCUAGCCUAGCUCUGGACACCUCCCCUGCAGACGCGUCAGCGUGCCCAUCAGGUGGCUCCACCGUCCCGGAAGAGGACAGCGUUCAGUUCAACAAGCUGUCGUACCUGGGCUGCACCUGGGUGAAGGCCCCCCGCAGUGAGGCUGAGGCGCAGAGGGCCAUGUCCACCCUGCGGGCGGAGAGCGCCGUGCCCAUUCCCGUCACUCUCUAUGUGCCCAACGUGCCAGAGGGCUCCGUCAGGAUCGUGGACCAGGCGUCUGGGACGGAGAUCGCGUCGUUCCCCAUCUACAAGGUCCUGUUCUGUGCGCGGGGCCGCGAGGGCUCUGUGGAGAGCGACUGCUUCUCCUUCACCGAGAGCUACCGUAGCAGCGAGGACUUCCAGAUCCACGUCUUCUCCUGCCACAUAAAGGAAGCUGUCAGCCGAAUCUUAUACAGUUUCUCAACUGCAUUCCGGCGCUCCUCCAAACCGGCGCCUGAUGUCCGAGACCCCGCGACACCCCUCUCUCCUGACGGUGAUGUCUACACCUUCACCGUCUCAUUGGAGGUGCGAGAGGAUGACGGCAAAGGCAACUACAGCCCAGUUCCAAAGGACCGGGACAAGUUGUACUUCAAACUGCGCCAGGGAGUGCUGAAGAAGGUGGUGGUCACGGUCCAACAAAUGAGCAACAAGGAGCUGGGGAUCGAGAGGUGCUUUGGAAUGUUGCUGAGCCCAGGUCAGAAGGUCCGGAACAGUGACAUGCACCUUCUAGACAUGGAGUCAAUGGGGAAGAGCGCAGAUGGAAAGGCCUAUGUGAUCACAGGCACCUGGUGCCCCAACACGCCUGCUUUCCAGGUGCUGAAUGAAGACACGCCAAAAGAUAAGCAGGUGUACAUGACAGUGGCUGUGGACCUGGUGGUGACUGAGGUGGUGGAGCCGGUCCGCUUCCUGCUAGAGACACUUGUGCGGGUCUACCCGGCCAACGAGAGAUUUUGGUACUUCAGCCGAAAGGCCUUCACUGAGACUUUCUACCUCAAACUCAAACAGGGCAGUGAGAAGGAUGGUCAAGGAGAUGCAAUGUUUGAAGUGGUGAGCCUGCAGAGACAGACAGAGAGGGCCAACGGAGCUCGUGGGCGUCUGCAGUCCCCUGCUGAGGAUGAGGAGCCAGAAGAAGACAGCGACAGUGAGAUCUCAAGUGGCACGGGUGACGUUUCCAAGGACUGCCCCGAGAAGAUCCUCGAGUCCUGGGGUGGAAUCCUCAACAGAUGGCACGGGAACCUGGCGGCGCGGCCCAAGGGCCUGUCCGCGCUUGUGAGGCCGGGGAUCCCCGAGGCGCUGCGCGCCGAAGUCUGGCAGCUCCUGUCCGGCUGCCACAAUGACCAGGCCCUGCUGGAGCGCUACCGCAUCCUCAUCACCAAGGACUCUGCGCAGGAGGGUGUGAUCACCAGAGAUAUCCACCGCACCUUUCCCGCUCACGAUUACUUCAAAGACUCGGACGGCGAUGGCCAAGACUCGCUCUACAAGAUCUGUAAGGCCUACUCUGUGUACGAUGAGGAGAUCGGAUACUGUCAGGGCCAGUCCUUCCUGGCGGCCGUGCUGCUGCUGCAUAUGCCGGAGGAGCAGGCGUUCUGCGUCCUGGUGAAGAUCAUGUACGAGUACGGCCUCAGAGCCCUGUACAAGAACAACUUCGAGGACCUGCACUGCAAGUUCUACCAGCUGGAGAAGCUGCUGCAGGAGCAGCUGCCGGAGCUGUGGUCCCAUUUCCAGGACCUCAACCUGGAGGCCCACAUGUACGCCUCGCAGUGGUUCCUCACCCUCUUCACCGCCAAGUUCCCCCUCUGCAUGGUCUUCCACAUCACCGACCUGCUGCUGAGUGAGGGGUUAAACAUCAUCUUUAAUGUUGCCCUGGCUCUCCUGAAGACCUCCAAGGAGGAUCUUCUCCAGGCCGACUUUGAGGGGGCUCUGAAGUUCUUCCGGGUGCAGCUGCCCAAGCGAUACCGAGCUGCAGAGAAUGCCCGCAGACUCAUGGAACAGGCGUGCAACAUCAAGGUGCCUACCAAGAAACUGAAGAAAUUUGAGAAAGAGUACCAGUCUCUUAGGGAGAGCCAGCUGCAACAGGAGGACCCCAUCGACAGGUACCAGAGGGAGAACCGGCGGCUGCAGGAGGCCAGCAUGCGCCUGGAGCAGGAGAACGACGACCUGGCCCACGAGCUGGUCACCAGCAAGAUCGCGCUGAGGAACGACCUGGACCAGGCGGAGGACAAGGCGGAUGUGCUGAACAAGGAGCUGCUGAACACCAAACAGCGUCUGGUGGAGACCGAGGAGGAGAAGAGGAGACAGGAAGAGGAGACUGCACAGCUGAAGGAAGUGUUCCGGAGGGAGCUGGAGAAAGCAGAGUCAGAGAUCAAGAAGACAACGGCCAUCAUUGCAGAGUACAAACAGAUAUGCUCUCAGCUCAGCACCAGACUGGAGAAGCAGCAGGCUGCCACCAAGGAGGAGCUGGACAUUGUCAAGAGCAAGGUGAUGGCGUGCGAGCGCUGCCGGGAGGUCUUCAGCAAGGAGGGGCCUCUUCAGCUGCCGGCUGUCAGCAGGGACAACCGGGACUCGGACCUGGACGAGGAGAAGGACUCGCUCAAGGCGCAGCUGCGGGAGCUGGAGCUGGAGCUGGCCCAGACCAAACUGCAGCUGGUGGAGGCCAAGUGCAAGAUCCAGGAGCUGGAGCACCAGAGGGGGGUGCUGAUGAAUGAGAUCCAGGCCGCCAAAAACUCCUGGUUCAGCAAGACGCUCGGCUCUCUCAAGACGUCCACUAGCAACCAGCCGCCUUCCUCCCCCAAAGAAGGGCCAUAGAGCGCCCCCUUCAGGCGGCGGCGUGUGCAGCUUGGAGGAGUGGGGCUGCGAAAUAAGGGAGGGAGAGGCAUCUCAUGAACACUAGAUUAAUAACACGAUAUUGCAAUGCAGUAUUCCCUUUCCAGGUGGGAGAGACUGGCGCACGUGCCCCUCCCCCCUGCUGAGGAGCAGGACCCAGACCAGAGGGUGAGCAAGCACUCGGUAGGCCAUUCCUGCAUCCCUCAUGCUGGUCUGAAACAGGAGGGAAGACAUGAAAGAACAAAGAAACGCAAGACACCUCAUUUCAUCACCUCACGGAGAUCUGAUCCAAUUCUCCCUGGUGGUGCUCCCUUCUAUGGUGAAUUUCGUUCUAGUGAGGUUCCAGUGUUUUGUGUGUGUACGUGGUUUUGUUCCUAUUUCAGUCGUAAACGAAACCCUGUUCCUCAUUCAGUAAACUUAGGUUGUCGUAACAGAGAGAACAGUAGGUGGCAUGAUAUGCAUCUCUCUAGAUCCCUGGUGAUACAGAUACAAGUGUUUAAUAUCACAGCCCCAUCUAGUGGAUCCAUCAUGCAACUGCAAAUUGGCUGUCACCAAGACCGGAUUGGACUCAGCUGCUCUGUGGCUUGGUCUAGAUCGGCCAUAUGGUGUAAAAAGUCGCUGCACCUUGACAGACAAGUCUCGAUGUGGACUCAGUGGUCUGAGAGACGUAGAUAUUAAGGGUUUCUCUCCUGUUUAUUAUACACAGCUUCCGAUUACAUGUCUUCUGCAUUUGCUGCUAACGAAUAA